AUGUCAAAAUCUGACCUUGGACAGAGUUCAGACAGCGAUACAAAUGUCUGGGCAGCCGCGACAGGGGCUACUACUAAGCCGACGAGAUGGCAACGAUUUAAAGCGCACAUGAAGAAAUGGUGGUGGGCAUAUUUAUUCGGAUUUUGCUGUGUUUUUCUGGUGGUGUUUCUUCCCCUUAUCUACGUGGGAAUACCUCACUUCGCAGACUCGUACAUCAACAGCUUCCAAUAUGAUGACACUGGUCUUGCGAUCACUAACCCUCGACCAAACGCGUUCCAUGUCAGCCAAAAGAAAUCCAUCUCCAUGGGUGGUGGGUUCAGUGGUAGUGGCUAUCUCUCACCAUUCAAUGCAACCAUUCGCGUUCCCGAUAGCGGCGAGGAAUUUGCGGUUUUUCCUGUACCCGAGAUCCAAUUUGAUGGUGGCACCACUCUUGAUAUCGACCAGGACCUGGACUUGUCCUGCGUUGAGUGUCUGUCGCAGUUGGCCCUUUCGGCGGCGACAAACAAGAGCUUCGCGGUGUUGGUGACGGGACAACCUGAUUUGAAGUUCGGCGCUCUGCCAACUGCUCAUUUGAACAUUCAUAAAACUAUGGAUAUGAAUGGAUACAAUGUCACCGAGUUUGUCAAUACCCCGGGUGCAUUCAAUGUCACAAGUGUAGAUAUCUUGGACAACCCUGUGAACGGCUUCAAUAUUAAUGCCACCAUCUCUAUCCAGAAUCCGACACCUUUUAUUGUGGAAAUGGGUCAUGUCACAUUUAACCUCAGCAUGGCCGGCAAGUCACUCGGAUACGUCGACCUCCCUAACCUGAUGCUUGAGCAACCUACCAGCAGCACUAUAGUUCUUGGACAAAUCGACACGGGUAUGCUCAUUGACCAAGCUAUAAACGGCGAUGGCGAGGGUUUUACAGUCACUAUCGAUGUCCGGGGGCACAGCUGCGACUAUAAUGGGCUGGACAUUCCAUAUUUUGCCGCAGCCAUCAAGGCUGUUCGUGCGUCAGCUACAAUCGAUCUGAGUCAAUAUGCAUCGAGUUUAUUGGGAUAG